GGUGCCUCUGGGCCUGAGGCACUGCAGGACGACUAUAAAAGGCAGCCCGAGUCUCUGCUCUCCAUCCACUUCUCUCGCCUCCUUCUCCUGGGAAUCAGGUGAAGCUCUACCAUCGAGCCAUGUCCUGCUGCAACCCGUGCGUGCCCUGCCAGCCCUGCGGCCCGACCCCGCUGGCAAACAGCUGCAAUGAGCCCUGUGUCAGGCAGUGCCAGAGCUCCAAUGUGGUCAUUGAGCCUUCCCCCGUGGUGGUGACCCUGCCCGGCCCCAUCCUCAGCUCCUUCCCGCAGAACACUGUUGUGGGCUCCUCCACCUCCGCUGCCGUUGGCAGCAUCCUCAGCUCCGAGGGAGUGCCCAUCAACUCCGGGGGCUUUGACCUCUCCUGCAUCACCAACCGCUACUGCCGCAGACCCUGCUAAAGGUGAUGGCUGCGUCCUCAGGCAGGAACAUCCAAGACCUCACAACAUGGAU